GGCGGUAGUGUAUUGCGUGCGAGAUAAGCUUCCACAUGUUGCACCUCAUUCUGCUCCCUGCCCUCUACUUGACAGCAUGUUUGGCAUCGUGGGGACGAGUGGCCGCUGCCUGGGUCGUGGCCUAGGAGCUUCAUGGCGGGGGCUGCACGUCAUACGCCAACACACCAGCCUGUUCCUACGCACGAUGCAGGACACACGACACCUGCACACCACGUCCCCCACAGCCAAGAAGCUGAACCAACCCCUGGCAGCCAACCAGAUGCCGCGGGCGGGGGGCAUUUCAUCCUUCAUGCGGCUGCCAAUACAGACAAACACGACAGGCCUGGACGCCUGCUUCGUGGGAGUGCCGCUGGACACAGGCUGCAGUAAUAGGGCCGGUGCGCGGUAUGGUCCCCGCGGGUUGAGGUGCGAGUCCCCACUGAGGCCCGUGAACCAGGGCACCGGUGUGAACCCAUUCCUCACUCACAACGUCGCUGACAUCGGAGACGUGUGGCUCAACCUCUACAACCUGGAAGAAGCGUGUAGCAACAUCCGUGAGCAGUACAGUGCCAUCAUUAGUAACGGCUGCGUCCCCCUCACCAUGGGCGGCGACCACACCAUCAGCUACCCCAUCCUGCAGGCCAUGAAGGACAAGUACGGCCCCGUGGGGCUCAUACACGUGGAUGCUCACCCAGACCUUCAGGACAGCGUCCUGGGUAGCAAGAUAUGCCAUGGGACGCCCUUCAAGCGGGCCUAUGACGAGCAGAUACUCGACGCAUCUCGUGUAGUCCAGAUCGGCCUGAGAGGCACCGGGUAUUCCUCCGACGACUGCAACAUCGGCAGGAGUAUGGGUUUCCGGGUGGUGGGGGCGCAAGAGUGUUGGUACAAGUCCUUGGAGCCCUUGAUGGCGGAGGUGAGGCAGCAGAUCGGCGAAGGACCCGUCUACCUCUCCUUUGAUAUUGACGCCAUCGACCCUAGCUUCUGUCCCGGCACAGGGACGCCCGAGGUGGGGGGACUCACCAGCAUUCAGGCUCUUGAGAUCGUCCGGGGUUGUCGCGGCCUUAACCUCGUGGGCUGUGACUUAGUAGAGGUGUCGCCACCUUACGACGUAGCGGGAAUAACGGCAGUUAUGGGUGCCCAUCUCCUCUUCGAGAUGCUGUGUGUGCUGCCAGGAACCCAACGACAAGAUUAAUUACACACAAGGCACCUUCCUCCAAGUCUACCAAGUCUUCCUUAGAUAUGUCCUCAGUUCUUUAAAUGACGCCUCUUUCAGCACGUGGUAAACUUUGAUGUGCUUGCUGCUACUGCCACAGACUCGAAUGCAAGAUUAUCUACUCGUCACCAGAUUCAACGCCACUGUACCUUUGUUAACCUUUUCUUGGUGCUCUAAACUUACAGCAAGUCACAGUACUCUUCUUUUGACGAGGACCUUCAGCCUCACUUGUCACUGGUGCCUCAGGUCGGCCAAUACGUAGGCGUAUGAUUGGUAUGGUUGGCUCCAACCGUUGGUGAUGAGGCUCAGCGCGUGGUUUGGACAAAGGAAAGUCUUAAGAGCUAGGGGGCAAGGAGUUAGCAAUACUGUGAGGCUUCAAAACCGUUUAUCUUAUAGUUUGAUGUUCUUUUGCCGUUCAUCGGAGGUUGACCAGAAAAAGUUAUCUUCUCCAUGUUGUAUCUUCUCCAAGCAAGAACACGUGCAACACUGCUAAGUACGGGCCGUGAAUGAGCUUCUUCACACGAGAAGACUUGAAACAUUGAGGCAAGUUUUCAGUGCAUGUAGUUAACAUUGUGCGUCUUCUGAGACGACGCAGCCUUUCAGCAGGACAAGAACACUCUGGAGUUUUUUUUUUAAGUUUGCCUCACCUUUGAGGUGUUUAGAUUCUUUCAUUUUUAUCUUUUAAAUUUGUAAUAAUUCAAAAUCACAUGAAAAAUACGUUCAUAACGGGAUUCAUAUAUAAAAACUAUAAUGUGCGGCAGCCAAGAAAUUCAUAAUUACAAAGUUACGAUCGCAUCGAAAGUUUCACAGACAUUUUUGGCAAGAAAUAUGACAACAGAAGACGGUAUAACUUUCGCCAUGAACUUUAUAAUAAAGCAUUAACCAAG